AUGGAGUCUCAAACCCCAAAUUACAAAGAGAAGGCAAGGAGGAGGCAAGGAGGAGGAGGCAAGGAGGAGGAGGCAAGGAGGAGGAGGCAAGGAGGAGGAGGCAAGGAGGAGGAGGCAAGGAGGAGGAGGCAAGGAGGAGGAGGCAAGGAGGAGGAGGCAAGGAGGAGGAGGCAAGGAGGAGGAGGCAAGGAGGAGGAGGCAAGGAGGAGGAGGCAAGGAGGAGGAGGCAAGGAGGAGGAGGCAAGGAGGAGGAGGCAAGGAGGAGGAGGCAAGGAGGAGGAGGCAAGGAGGAGGAGGCAAGGAGGAGGAGGCAAGGAGGAGGAGGCAAGGAGGAGGAGGCAAGGAGGAGGAGGCAAGGAGGAGGAGGCAAGGAGGAGGAGGCAAGGAGGAGGAGGCAAGGAGGAGGAGGCAAGGAGGAGGAGGCAAGGAGGAGGAGGCAAGGAGAAGGAGGCAAGGAGAAGGAGGCAAGGAGAAGGAGGCAAGGAGAAGGAGGCAAGGAGAAGGAGGCAAGGAGAAGGAGGCAAGGAGAAGGAGGCAAGGAGGAGGAGGCAAGGAGGAGGAGGCAAGGAGAAGGAGGCAAGGAGAAGGAGGCAAGGAGAAGGAGGCAAGGAGAAGGAGUAUGUUGGUCUUGGUGAUGGUGGUGGUGGUGGUGGUGGUGGUGGUGGUGGUGGUACAGUUAUUGACACUCAGCAUAAGAAACUGAAUACUUUCCCUGCACAGUUCAUAUAUUACUACAAGCCCAAUAAGUUCGAAGUGCAAGAAGGCAUCCCUGCUGGUAGCACUGACGUGGCAAGACUGGCUGCUCAGGUGUCACUGAUGCACCUGAAAGUGACCAAUCACAACACCGUCAUCAAGAAGAAGGCUGAAGAGUUUGACUCAACAGUGGUGGUUGAACAGCAUCGAUCAGUGGACAGUGCAGACAGGCUGGUGCAGGAGGUACAGCAAGCACGCAGUGCUUUGGUGGUUACAACCAAGCUUGCACUUUGUAAGGGCACUGCCUCGCAACUGUCGUCUGGAAGGCUGUCCAAACUUUCAGACCAGGACACCAGACCAACACCAGUUUUUUGA